AUGGAGAUGGAAUAUACAGGUUGUGAGUCAGAGGUUACCCAAGCACUUUAUCAUUGCCUUAUUUACCCACUUACUAAAUUAUUUAAUAUUGUCUACAACAUGACACUAAAGGCUAGUUAUGGUAUACGAUUGGAAGAUACUAUGAUACCUGAGUUUCCCAGAUUUGAAAGAACGAAACAUGGCUCUACCGUUUUCAGUGAUGUGAAGGGCAAAAGGGGUGUUCAUUUGGUGCUUGAAGCAGGGAAGCCAUUUUUAUCACAGUUGUUCAAUUCGAAAGAGAGAGGAUUCAACAGACAAUACAGAGAUUUUUACGACUGUAAGGAAAGGUUUGCUUACAGAUGGUGUAUCAAUGCGUUUUACCCAUUUCAAUCAAAUAGAUAUCGUAAAUGGAAAUUUGACUAGUGCUCAAGACAAUGGAAGUUCCACCAACAACUCUAAUGGUUUUAUUGAUGAAAAAUCUAAAACCAUAAAGAUGUCGGAAUUGUAUUCGCAAGAUGCAAGUCCUGAAGAACGAGUAACAGCUGCC